CGAUCCUGUGCUCGACGCCCUCGGCUGCCACCUCGCGGCGCAUCUCCUGUACUCGCCCAGGGCUUGGCUAUACAGUAAAGGCCUCCUCGGGGACGAUUCUAGCCUGUCGCAAACGCACGCCCGGUGGGCGCGGAUCCGAGACGUUCAAUCGAAGUUCAACCGUGACCGAAGCACGCGCGAUGGAAAUCACCAGUAUCCUCGAUCUGCAGUAUGCCGGCGUCGACGACCCCUACCGCUCGUACGACCUGUACUUCCCAGCCGAUAAGGCUGAGGACGCAGAGCUCCCCGUGAUUAUCUUCGCGCACGGUGGCGCAUGGCGGUCCGAGGAUAAGCGAGACCAUCGGCCGCUCGCGGAGGAGCUCGUACGGCGCACCAGCGUGAGCGUCGCCGUACCGAAUUACCGUCUCUCGCCUCGGACGCCGCCGCUGCACCAUCCCGCGCACGCUGAGGACCUUCUGACCUUCCUCGUUCACCUGCACGAUGUCGGGUAUCAGACCGCCAGCGCAACCCUCAGCCGCACGCGUUGGUAUCUCCUCGGCCACUCGUGCAGCGCGCAUAUGAUUGCGAGCAUCGUCCUGGACUCGAGCAAGGUCACUCCAUCACUGACGCCCCCGCCUACCGUGCUGGACGCAGUCAAAGGGGUCGUUUGCUCAGAGGGAAUUUACGACAUAAACUCACUACUCGCAAAAUGGCCGGACUACGGGAAGUGGUUUAUCUGGGAUGCAUUCGGGCAACAGGAGGACUACGCCGCAUACUCCGUCGCUCGAUAUCCUCUGCGUAAAUCGGGCGCACGGUGGUACUUGUUACAUUCUCGCCAGGACACAUUGGUCGAUAUAGGGCAGACGCAAGCGAUGGGCGCGCACCUGCGGGACAUUCAUGAAGGAGACGCGGAUGCUGUGAGGGUGGAUAUCGGAGGGCCGACGGAGGAUCACGACGAUGUACUCAAAGGCGAAUACUAUCUGCACAAUGUAUCGCAGUUCAUUCUGGAUUCGGAACGCAAAUGAUAACGAUAAUGUGAGAGUUUCCGAGAGUCUUCUCCUAUCCAACGUGCAAAACAAGAUGUACCAGUGCGUACAUACGCGUUGUACUAGCAAUGAAGGGCGGAAUCCAUGCUAUCUUCGACUCAGG